AUGGCUACUACCGAAUUCAUCAGUCUUACUUUCCCAAAUGCAUCGAACGAACUACAACCUAUCCCCGGAGCAGGCGUUGAUAUCGAUUUCUUAGUCAGAUAUGCUCGCUCGUUGGAUGACUAUGGCUACAAUUACACCCUUAUCCCGUACGGCUCAACCGGAUUCGACCCUUUUACGCUCGGUGCGACUGUUCUGGCCAAAACCAAGAAUAUCAAAGUCAUUAUUGCGUUAAGACCGAACACCCUGUAUCCCACUGUUGCGGCAAAAGCACUUGCCACGCUCGAUCAGUUGAGUGGCGGACGUGUGGUCGUGCACUUUAUUGCUGGUGGGAGUGAUGCCGAGCAGGCUAAAGAAGGCGAUUUUCAUACUAAAGAUCAGCGANNUGUGAAUGGCCGCUUGGAGGAAUACAUCAAAAUCCUGCGACGCACAUGGCAAUCCAAGGAACCAUUCGACUGGCAAGGCACUUACUAUACUUUCAAAAACUUCCACAGCGACGUCGUUCCAAAGCACAAAAACAUUCCUGUAUCCGUUGGCGGCUCUUCCGACGAAGCAUACCGCAUCGGUGGCUCUCUCGCCGACAUCUUCGGACUCUGGGGCGAACCCUUGAAGGAAACCAAAGACCAAAUCGAUCGUAUCUAUGCUGAAGCGGAGAAAGCUGGCCGAAGCGAUCGUCCUCGUAUUUGGGUCACUUUUAGGCCAAUUACUGCCGAGACUGAUGAGUUGGCUUGGGCAAAAGCACAUAGGACACUCGAUGCGUUGACCAAGCACACUGCAAACGGUGUGGGCAAGUCGUCUGCUCAUGCACCACCGCCACAGAAUGUCGGAUCUCAGCGCUUGCUGAACAUUGCGAAGCGUGGCGAGGUUCAAGACCGUGCGCUGUGGUAUCCCACUGUAACGGCGACGAACGCGAGAGGCGCAUCGACGGCAUUGGUCGGAUCAUAUGAGAUUGUCAAAGAGUCGUUACUCGACUAUGUUCAGUUGGGCGCUGAUCUGAUCUCCAUUCGUGGCUAUGACAACUUCAACGAUGCCGUCGAGUAUGGAACGCAUAUUCUGCCUGGAGUCAGAAGCGAGGUUCGGAAGAGAUUCGGUUGA